CUUCAAGAUUCAGUUCUACCGUUAUCGGCUGUGUGACUGGGUAAAUCACUACACCGCAAGCCUCGGUUUCCUAUUUACGAAAUGGGUCGAAUAACGCCUGCCACAUGGGGCUGCUCUGAGGAGUACAGAUGUAAGAGAUCCUGUGUUCACUGAUAUUUUCAUGUGGGCUUUUUGAUAAUGAUCCAAAAGGAACAUGAGAAUUGUGACUUCUCAGCCGGGCGAGGCGACUUACUCCUGUAAUCCCAGCACUUUGGGAGUCCGAGGCAGGCGGAUCACCUGAGAUCUGGAGUUCGAGACCAGCCUGGCCAACAUGGUGAAACCCCGUCUCUAGCAAAAAUACAAAAAAUUAGCCAGGCGUGGUGGCAGGCGCCUGUAAUCCCAGCUACUCGGUAGGCUAACGCAUGAGAAUCGCUUGAAUCUGGGAGGCAGAGGUUGCAGUGAGCCGAGAUCGCGCCACUGCACUCCAGCCUGGGGGACAGAGCGAGACUCCGUCUCAAAAAAAAAAAAAAAAAAAUUGUGACGUCUCACUCAGGAUCAGCGUCUUUAAGUGGCCACCUCCCCACCCCACCUUCAUGCCUCCGUCCUCCUUGAAUCUUUUGUUAGAACGCUGUGAUCUGGUCCAAACUCUACGGAGAUGCGAUGCGAAGCCAUGUUGGGCAAUUUCAACUCCCUGUCUCGGUCGCCACCUAGGAUUACUGCACGUUCAGCUACGACCUCAUCAACAUGGCUGCCGGAAGUCGCCUACAGGAAAAAGAAAGAAAUAACACUGAAGGAUCACUUCCGCUUCCGUUGGCGCAAGCGCUUUCAUUUUUUCUGCUACCGUGACUAAGAUGGAAGCGCUUUUGGGGUCGCGGUCCGGACUUUGGGCGGGGGGUCCGGCCCCAGGACAGUUUUACCGCAUUCCGUCCACUUCCGAUUCCUUCAUGGAUCCGGCGUCUGCACUUUACAGAGGUCCAAUCACGCGGACCCAGAACCCCAUGGUGACCGGGACCUCAGUCCUCGGCGUUAAGUUCGAGGGCGGAGUGGUAAUUGCCGCAGACAUGCUGGGAUCCUACGGCUCCUUGGCUCGUUUCCGCAACAUCUCUCGCAUUAUGCGAGUCAACAACAGUACCAUGCUGGGUGCCUCUGGGGACUACGCUGAUUUCCAGUAUUUGAAGCAAGUUCUCGGCCAGAUGGUGAUUGAUGAGGAGCUUCUGGGAGAUGGACACAGCUAUAGUCCUAGAGCUAUUCAUUCAUGGCUGACCAGGGCCAUGUACAGCCGGCGCUCGAAGAUGAACCCUUUGUGGAACACCAUGGUCAUCGGAGGCUAUGCUGAUGGAGAGAGCUUCCUCGGUUAUGUGGACAUGCUUGGUGUAGCCUAUGAAGCCCCUUCGCUGGCCACUGGUUAUGGUGCAUACUUGGCUCAGCCUCUGCUGCGAGAAGUUCUGGAGAAGCAGCCAGUGCUGAGCCAGACCGAGGCCCGCGACCUAGUAGAACGCUGCAUGCGAGUGCUGUACUACCGAGAUGCCCGUUCUUACAACCGGUUUCAAAUCGCCACUGUAACCGAAAAAGGUGUUGAAAUAGAGGGACCAUUGUCUGCAGAGACCAACUGGGAUAUUGCCCACAUGAUCAGUGGCUUUGAAUGAAAUACAGAUGCAUUAUCCAGAACUGAAGUUGCCCUACUUUUAACUUUGAACUUGGCUGGUUCAAAGAUAGACUCUUCUUUUGUAAAGUAAAUAAAUUCUUCAAAAUG